GCCCCACCGCGGCUUUUAAUCUCAACUAACCACCACCUUAACAAUGGCCAGCAAUUAACUGCAUCGCCAUAAGGCGUGCGAGACUGCGUUGUUCUCUCGAUCUGGAUCCCAUGGCAUGGUAGUCUUCGUCCUCUUUUUUUCGGGCCUAUUUCGUUCCCUUUUAUGGCUCUUUGACGCGCGGCGCAUAUCGUGAGGCGCGUCGCGUGCUUGGCUCGUCGACUGCGAGCAACCCAAUUGUACCCCACACGACAGCAUGGCGGACAACACCAGUUUCCCGUGCCCAAUACGUCGCAGGACGACCAUCGCAAUACCGCUGCCGUCGAUUCGGAAGUAUGUUCCCGGUUCUGGGCCACCUCCGCCUCGAGUGUCGCUGGCGCCUCCGCGCGAUACGACGGGCUACAUCAUCAACCAAUUCGUACUGCCGACCGAUAACGAUACGACGCCAACCUCCCGACGGCUGAUCUACUACCACGUCGGUUUCACCGACUUUCCGGCCGUCAAGAUUUUGCUACCGUGCAACGAAGUGCUCGACUAUGUCUCCCCACGCGAGCUGGAGGAUUGGGAGUACAAGAAUCUGGAGAGCAAAGAGGAGGAGCGUGCCCGGCGUUUGGCUGAAAAACGACGCGUCGUUGUCGCCGCGAAGAAGCCCGGCCAGAAACCCAAGGUCCCUAUGCAGGAUGUUGGCCUACCGGCUCUGAGUUCGGCGGAUGAAGCGUUCCUGCUCGCCCAGGAGGUCGCUGGCCCGUCUUUGUCCACGCCACAGAAGAGGAAACAGGGCGAUGUGUUGCAUGAGGAUGCAGGGGAUACCAGCAACAUAGAGUCGGACGAUGACGCCAUACGCCGGCAACUCCAAGGCGCGAAUGAACUAGGAUCUGAGGACGACUUAGGAGCCGACGUGGAUUCUGUUGAUCAGCUUGCUCUUCAAGACACCACUUCCACGACAGACACCCCCUCCAGAGGCGGCAGCGCCGUGCCCCCCAUGCCGGUUUCCAUUCCUGCUCAAACAGCGGCAACUCCCAUAGGACCAGCCUUUCCGAGCUCCGCUCCUGUAGCCCUUAGCGCCUCUCAAACCGACAUGCCCACAGCUGGGAGAAUCCAUCCCGCCUGGGCACAUGUCUUCGGUCAGCAGAACAGAUCUGAGAAGCUUUUGACGCUGCAUGGUCAAGCUGGAAGUGGCCAAGCGGAACGGAACGGAACAUCCGGGACGGUUCCGGCAAAGCCACAGGCUCGCCAGCCUUCAUCAACACACACUUCGAAAUCCGCGAGCUGGGCCGGGAGUGCCUCCAAAUCUUCACUCCCUCGCAUCCCGAAUCCUAGGCAAAGAGAAAGCUCGGCUAUGGCAUCGGACUCCUCCAUGACCAAGCGAAAGGCCAGCUCACCGAACGUGCACGCAACAGAGGGGAAGCGUCACAAGCCGAAGAAACAGAAGAUGGCCCAAGAAGAUGAAGAACCACCUGCGAACGAAUGGGAGGUCAAGGAUCUACUAGACGACCAAUGGGUCACGGAGAACGGCACGAAGGUACACAAGUACCUUGUUCUGUGGGAGGGAGACUGGCCGCCAGAUCAAAAUCCUACGUGGGAGCCCGCCGAGAACGUCCAGGACCCGGGCCUGAUCAAGCGCUACCUGAAGAAGAAAAAGGCCGGCCUGUUGAAGCCCUGCAAAAAGGCCCAGAACUCACUACACCGGUAUCUGGCGACGCCUCAAUACUCCAGCGUUGCCGAAGCUUUUGAGGGCGGCAUCGAUGAGCAGACAGGACCGGUAGGCGGAGACAUUGAAAGCGAUACCGACCCGCCCAACGAGACGUUUCUCGUCACGGAACACACGGACGAUCUCUCAGCAAUCCCGGCAAAGAUAUCCCCGAGCUUCAAGACAUUCGAUGACAAGCUGGCGCGAUACAACCAGGCCUUCCCCCGCAUAUGAGCGGGCGGGUACUGGUACCAACUCACGAGAGGACUCACAAUCUCGGGAUGACGUCGUGACACCGCAAAAGGCCCUGUCUGAGGAUGGGAAGACGUGCGGCAGGGAUGGA